AUGGUGAUUACCCCGCUUACAGCUUUGGGCACAGCCUCUGCCGUCCUUACGCUGAGCAAAGCAGCUUGGAGGCUAGGAAUCUCCCUUUCGAGGCCCGAUCAGGACGCCAGAAUCGUCGAUACCACGGUCAAGGAUCUGGCAGAGGAGGUCAAGUCGCUUGGCAAUGAAUGCGACCUUGUAUAUGCUGAGUUGGAAGAAGUAGUAAGCAAGAGCGAGACAGGAUCACCUCCGCCUUAUGAUAUCGAUGGCAGGCUGUGGAAUUGUCUUGCCACGCAAGUAGAGGAUACCAGUCGAACAAUGCAAGAGCUGGAGCUGUUUGUCAGAAGUGCCAGAGGGGAAGAGUCCAGUUUCAUCAGUAAUGCUCAGCGUCAGUGGAAGCUGGACAAAAUCAAGGACCAGAUUACAAGCCUCCGGACAAAGGUUUGUAGGCACACCGACAACUUGCGUACUACACUGUUGUUGAUCAAUACGGUACUCGCGCACAUUGCACCAUCUCGAGCAGAUCGGGGGCUUGCGAAAGAACUAGACAAGCUGCAAGAUUUGGUUGAGAAGCUGCAGAGAUCGUCGGAACCCAAUCGGAACUCGCGAUCUUUUCAUGCUGAGGCCACUCUAUUGCAAUGUGCGCGUGAACUUAUCGCGAAAGGUACGACCAUGUACGAGGCGAGUCUCGCUGCAGAGUCCGUCGCUGGUGGCCAGGGAGCAGCAAAUAGCAACAUCCGCGUUGCCGAGUGGGUGAGUACUCUGGAGUUUAUACGCCGGGACCAGCGACGCUCGGAUCCCUCAGACAUGGCCUCUAAUGUCCCUUCUAUCUUUUCUGAGGACGGAGCGCAUACCGUCAUGAUGAGCGCCACUUCUGCACAGAGUGUUGUGCAGGAACGCGAGAGUGCCGAUGGAGUAGGGAACGACUCUGACGAUGAUCUGGACACCGACCUUACGAAAGCAGCGCUAGACACCGGCACGAAAGCUUUCGAAGCGCAAGAGUGGGAGGAGGCCGAUUCUCUUCUUCAAGAAGCUCUACGAAUGCUACAGCAGCUUCCGAAGCAGCAAAGAGCAUUCUGCGACAUUUUCGGUCUACAGUAUAAACUUGCUGUCUGUGCGUAUCACACGCAAGAGCCUGCCGAUGCCGAAGAAGCUCUCAUGAGCCUAGUCCAACAGCCAGCGAGCUCCGAUGAACAACGCGGGUGCAUUUACGACGUCGCGCACCUGCUGUCGCUUUUGUACAUCCGGAUAGGCCAGGUCGACCGCGCACGAUCUGAAUGUGAGAAAGCCUUACAAGCCCGAAGGCGUUUAUUGGGUAAGCGGAGCGACGCCUCGUUGGAGUCAACGGCGCUCAUGGCACACAUAUACGUCCUGCUCAACAACCGCGCUCGUGCUAAAUCAUGUCUCGCCAUGAUCCCAGAAGAACGCAGAGGCGACAUUUUGAGAAUGGUCGAAGAUUCACUGGGGACGAAGGUGGACCAUCUUGAAUCCUCUCCACUACUGACUCAGACGACGGCUGAAAACUCAGAUCUGGCGGUGAAUCGCAUUCAAAACAGGCUCUCUGCAUCUUCUCUCGCGUGGCCCUUGGAGACUCAUCGUUACGGCCCCGUAUCUACGAUGAUCACCCAAUCGCCAGUUGCUAAUCUCCGACAAUCACACCAACGUGUCCCGUCAAAUGCUGUGGGUUUGGAAGAUCUGCAGUCUGUCACGGUGACAUCUCUUUCGUCGGCAGGGGAGAGAAGCGAGUCGAGAGCUACGGAGAAGGAGAGAGCGAAUCAAGAUGACUCUACAAACUCGGGAACACCUGGUACCGCAGCUCUGAGCCUGGGCGAACCUCCAGAGGCAAGUGAAACCAUCAAGGGCAAAACCCUGUCUCGGAAGGAAAUACUCGAUAAGAUCGGAUGUCAACCUAAAGAUCGAAUCGAAGACGCUGUCUGCGAGGGUGAUCAUUCAGCUUUCGCCAGUCUUCUCAACAGGAAGAAAGACUUUUGGCGGUCGCAGUUGCGCAAACGGGUCCGUCCAGAACGUGUAACAGCGUUGCACUUCGCUGCACUCUUCGGCGAGAUUGAUAUGGCGCGGCGCCUCCUAGGCUCAAGUUUUAACAUCAACGAAGCCCCAUAUGGAUACUCAACAAGCCUGACGCCCUUGAAAUUUGCCGUUGGCGCUCGACAAGUGGAUAUGGUUGAAUUUCUGAUUGCGAAUGGCGCCAAACCGUCUGAGCCAGAUUCAUGGUCGACUUUGGCUGAGCAACUAAUGAAUCGCUCAUGGUUGAAAAAAACCAUGUCGGAGACUGAGAAGGAACAUGCUCCAAAUCGGAUAGUUGCAAUCCUGAGCAUCUUGCUCAAGCACGGAUGGGACGUCAAUGCGCCGUUCGGGACGUCCGGUGCAACGGUGCUUCAUCAGGCUGUCACUUUUUGGACGGGCUCAUACAGGUGGGAUAUGAAUCUCCGCACUACCGUGACUUCGUUCCUGUGCGAACGAGGUGCAGACCCCUUCCAAGCAAAUACACAAGGCAAGACGCCCUACGACAUGGCUUCGGCCUCUGAUCAUCAAGACCUCUUGCUGCUUCUCGAUAGAGGCUCGAAAAAGAAAGAGCUAGACGAUGGGCCAACAGAGCCAUUUGAGCUUUCCAGCGAGCCUAUUGGUAUGCCUGUAGCUAUGCAAGCUCCGUUGUUGGGAUUAAGGUUCUCUCGACACGGUGUGUAG